AGCUCCGUCUGAUGGUGGGGCUUUCCCACUUUUCCGGAGAGCCUUACCGCUCUGUGACCAUGCUGCGCCGAAUAUGGGGCUUCCUGUUGCCCACAGUGGCUGGCCAGGAAGACGAAUCCGACCGCUUUUUUGAAGAGCUCUUCCGGAAGCUGGACCACCGCGAGAACGGCAUGGCGGACAUCACAGAACUGCAGAAAGAACUGGAAGAUAUGGGCCAGGACUAGGAGAUACUAUUAAAAUCUGUUGAUAUUGAUGCAUGCAAUCUGUUGAAGCUUAACACAUUUAUGCAGUACCUUAAAGAUAAUGAGAAGAUAAUGAGGUUGACUUUUAAGAGUUUGGACACAAAUAAUGAUGGAGUGAGUGAUACUUCAGAAAUUAUUGAUGCUCUCGACUUAAUAGGUAUACAGAUUUCUGAAAAAGAGGCAGUGAAGAUUCUUGAAGGCAUGGAUACUGAUGGGUCAGUGAAAGUGGACUGGGAUGAAUGGAGGAAGUUUUUUUUAUUUAAACCUGCAAGAAAUGUUAAGGAAGUUGCCCAUCACUGGAACUAUUUUACUGCUCAGAGUUUAGAAGCAAAGAAUGUGAGGAUAAUAAACGGUUUAAGAGAGAUGGUCAAAGAGUGUGGAGUCAUUUCUUUAUGGAGAGGAAAUUGUGUGAAUGUUCCCAAGAUUGCUCCUGAAACAGCUAUUAAAGUCUGGUCAUAUGAACAGGUAAAGAAACUCUUAACUUCUGAAGGAGUCAAAUUAGGAACUUUUGAGCAAUUUACUUCUGCUUCUUUGGCUGGUGCUACUGCACAAACAACAUUUUUUCACAUUCAGGUUUUAAAAACUAAUUUGGCCGUGAGUAGAACUGGACAGUACCCUGGGAUUUUGGAUUGUGCCAGGAAGAUCUGGAAGCUUGAAAGAGCUACUGGCUUUUACAAAGGCUAUGUUCCUAGUCUUCUGGCUGUCAAACCAUAUGUAGGCAAAGAUUUUACUAUUUAUGAGCUUUUGAAGACUUGUUGGCUAAACACUGAUACAGAAGACCCUGGGUUGCUGACUUUGAUGGGUUGUAAUGCCUUCUCUAACUUUUGUGGUCAGUUUUGCAGCUACCCCCUGCACCUAGUGAGAACUCGCAGGUUCAAGGAUAUGAUCUUUGUUAGUGAAUUUUACAUGUGCAGAAGGUUUCAGGCUCCUUUGUGGGAGCCUGUAAAAGAGGCUGAGGCCUGGCAGCAAUGUCUGGUGUCCCACAAGACAAAGGAAAAAGGUGUGGUCAGCAGUGUCUAA